GUUAGUGGUCUACCCUUCAUGACACAGUUUAAAAUGAAGUUCUGCCUUUUUCUCUUUUUCGUGUUUGUCCUAUUGGCAAUUUUGCAAUUUGUGGAAUCCGCUUCUGUAGCUAGUCCAAAAUCAUGGAUCAUACAAGAUGCAACACCCAGUCCUAUCCAAUUAGAAUCCGGUCCUGUAGCAAGUUCCGAUCGAGAGCCUAAACCAAAUCCUUUGAACCGACAACUAGAAUCGAUACCUGGAGCUAAACCUAUCAAAUUGGAAUCUGUUCCUGUAGUCAGUUCUGAUCGAGAGUCAAAACCAAGCCCAUGGAGCAGACUGCAACAACCUCUAUUCAGACACAGACCUGUCCAAUCCAAAGGAGUAUUCCAGGCAACCAAUCGAAUUGGUAGUCACGUAGACAGCCCAAUCAACUCACGGAGCAGCGGAUCGCUUGAUUUUAUGCUAAAGUUGCCAAUCUCUGUGGAAAUUGGCACUCUUGAAGUGCACAAUCAUCACUAGUGACAAGCAAUCAUGUGGAAGACUAUAAUAUUAUGGAACGUACAAAUAAUAAAAG